CACACACACACACACACACACACACACACACACACACACACACACACACACACACACAAACGCGCAAACAGGACUGUGCGUAAAAGGCCAACUUGCGGAGUGUCUCCAGCGCGUCUCCGGGAGUCUCCUCAGUGCAGAACGGCGAGGCGCGCGGUGGAGGCGUAAAGAUUGUAUGGCACCUCACUUGUGCGUCAUGAAUCCUGCCCUAGGACCCCCCUCAGCCGCCUCUCCCUACCCGGAGGAGACCCGUCCGCAGGACCGCACGGCUCUGGAACUCGAUGAGCUCCGUAGACUCGACCUGUCUCCGGUCAGAGGACGCAAGAAGGAGAAGAGGUCGCGACUUUCCUUCAGCGUGGAGUCGCUGAUCUCGGGCGAUAGGACGCCGAUGGGGAGCGACGCGAGCCACGCGACGGAACGGAUUUUGGGGAGUGAGGAUCGCUCCUCCGGUGAGACCGGGUCUCCCGGGGAGAGACGGCUUAUACCCGGAGAGGGGACGGAGCUCUCCAACUCGUCCAGUGAGGAGACGGUCCCGGACCCAAGACCCUGGUGCCGGACCCCUCAAGCGUCCCCUCACAGACUCCCCAGCCCUCCCCCAUGCCCGCUGAGGAAGCACAAGAACAACAGAAAACCCAGAACUCCCUUCACCACGUCCCAGCUGCUGUCCCUGGAGAGGAGAUUCCGGCAGAAACAGUACCUCUCCAUCGCGGAGAGAGCAGAGUUCUCCUGCUCCCUCAGCCUCACGGAGACCCAGGUCAAGAUCUGGUUUCAGAACCGCAGGGCAAAGGCCAAGAGGCUCCAGGAGGCCGAGCUGGAGAAGAUCAAACUGGCGUCCAAACCGCUUCUCCCCGCCGCCUUCGCGUUCCCCUUCCACCACAACAUGGGCCCUCUUUACGCGGCCCUCCAAGGACCCCGGCACGCCCUGUCGGUCCCUGGACUCUACAGCGGGCCCUACGGGAUGUACUACUUGUCAUAACGUCCACUCUUGAACUUUGAUGAGUUGUGUUAUAGCACUGCCUUACUCGACUCUGCCUUUAUACGCCAAUGCCUUCUGAGACGCAGUUCGCUUUUACGCAUAAGCGCAUUUGUUGCGCGCUCGGAACGCUGCAUAUUCCUAUCCAGCGCACAAACGGUUAACGGUGUUACACUGCGGGGUUCCAGCAUCACUUCAUCUCCCUGAUGUAUGAUCGCCUGAAUUAAUAAUACCAGGCCACGAGCACCGGCUAAAUGGAAAAUAUGAACAACAUUAGCGAUUGUAUAUAGGCAGUGGCCUGCCGAAUAAUACGAUUAAUGGCCAUUGCGCAAAACGGGCCUUGAGACAAGCAGGCCUAUACGUCAGCCUGUAGGCUAUCUGAACUUUAUAAAUUAUGCAACACAUGCCCUAAUGUUAUUAAUGUUAGUCUUUACUACAUUUAAAAUCCGUUCUCUGAUUCGAAACAUUUGCCUAUGUAAAGAGAACCAAUCAUGCUGGACAAGUCGGUGAUAAAACGCAUCAAUACAGAACCGCGGACGGCCUGAGCACAUUCAUUACGAGAGGAAUGUUACAAAAAAAAUAUUUAAUAAUACUGGGCUUAUGAAAGAAAUCUUUUUUUAUACAUGGAUCUUUCAACUGUAAAUUAAUUUAGAGCAUGACUCCAAGAUAUGCAUGAUCAAAAGGAAUAUGAAAUAUAGGCCGUCCUCAGUCUCUUUCUACUCUUCACGUCCUGUCAUUUUGUAGGUUCGUUACCUCAGUGAAAUCCACAAAAUGCACAGCUGUUAAUAGGCCCUUCAACCUUGUUAUUUUAAGUGCUUCCUUGACUCUAGAGGUGUAAAUAAAUAUUUUUUUCCGAAACCUUUUAUAAUCACAUUCUCAAAAAAAUAUAUUUAUAAUUGCCUUCGGUUAAGUGUGUUAUUGUUUGACGAGUUCGUUUUUGUACCAUUAUUAAAAAGAAAAUCCUA